UCCAACGGAGAAGGGCGGCAGGGAGGAGAGGACGCAGGCGCCGCCCCGGGGCGCCGCGCCCACUCCAGCGAAGCGCAAGGAGAGGGACAGGACCGGGAGUGCCAGAAGGUCUGAGGAGCGGACGCCGAAGGCCGGAAGUCCCGACCCAAAGAAGGGCAGGCGCGAGCAGAAGGGAGGAGGUGAGGAAGGGGGCGGCAGUAAAGGAGUGGCGAGGAUGGACGGGCGUGGCAGGGCAUCGGGGUUGAUUCCAGACGACUCACACCACGACGUGACAGAGCACAACGGGAUGAAGAUACCUAAGAGCAUCACGAAAACAAAAUGGUCCGAUAAAAGGGGCACCGCCCUGACCGAUCCGUUUGGCGUGAAGAUUGUCGAUUACCUCUACAAAAAGGAAAAUGACUAUGCAAUGAGGUUGGUUUCCAAUGGGAAGUUCAUCAUACUAGAAGCUUGCCGGAACUCGUUCGAGCACGCCCUGAUCCACUCCGUGCUUUUCGAGAUUCGGGAUCGCUCGGCCCCCAUCCAACUAAACUUAGAGGCGCUCUUUACCAAGAUUGCGAAGGAGAAGGGCUUGAAGACAGAUGAAAAGGAGUAUAAGAGAGAGGUGGCUAAUGACCUGGCUAAGGGAAUCGUCAAAAUGUUGUGGGAGAGGCAGGGGUUCGGAGAGGGCCCAGUAGACGGCGAGUUGAAAAAGAUGCAG